AAAAUAAGCGCUCAGCGCUGGGAAACUCAGAACGUUUUUCGCCUUGAGACCAACCAUGGACACCAGAGCCUUGGUCGUGUUGGCGCUUAUAGCCGCUGCUAGUGCGGUUCCUAUGAAGAAAAGGUCCAUUAAUGUCGAUGAUGACUCGUGCGCACAGACAUGCAAAGACCAACCAAGCAAGUUUAAGUAUGCACCCGACACAACCUACAUCUAUGACUACAAAGUUGACACAGACACCACAAUGGCUGGUUCCACCAAAGAUUCAGCAAAGUUGUCUAUCCAGGCACGAGCUGAAAUUCAGACCAUUGAUACCUGUGAGUUCGCCUUGAAAAUUAAAGAUGUCAGAAUCUCACACUCUGAUGCCUACACAACAGAACUGAAGAGUUCUGACAGGGAAGAUGAAUUCAAGGUAGCUUUACAAGAACACAUGCUUAGAUUUUCAUUCGAUGAUGGCAUCAUUGCAUCUGUGUGCCCUAAUGAAGACGAAUCAACAUGGGUUCUUAAUUUCAAGAAAGGUCUGCUCUCAGCUUUCCAAAACAGUAUGGAUAGUUUUGAAAAGGAUCAGAAAAUGUCAGAGACUGAUAUCACUGGAGAGUGCACAGCUGAUUACAGUGUUGCUAAGUCCUGGGGUGCUUGGAAGGACACAACUGUCAAGAAAUCCAAAAACCUAGUCGCCUGCUCCAAGCGAGAUGGAUACACAAGCUUCUACCAGACCAUCUCUUACAAUGUCCCAUCUGAGAUUCAGUCCCUUCCCAUCAUGCAAGGCACCCACACCUGUGACUACAUUGUAAACAGUGAUAAAGUGCUGAAGAUGGUGUCUUGUGAGGAGAACCACAUUUUUGCCCCAUUCUCCAACAAAGAAAGCGGUGGCAGGACUAAAGUGCAGCAAAAACUCACCCUUAUCACUCAGAAGAGUGGAAUUGAUAUGAAUAAAGAUACCGUCCAAACCAGAAGCAGCCUUUUGUUUGAACAUUUCGGAAAUGAUGAUCAGAGCAACAAUGCAAGGGAAUCUGCCCAGCAAACUCUGAAGGAGAUUUGUGACCAGACCAAGGAUGAUCUCAGACCCGAAACACCAAGACUGUUUUCGCAGCUUGUGAAGGUGAUGAAAGCACUGAAGUCCACAGAGCUUGGAGAUCUACAUACCCAGUUGAAAAACAAGAAUUUGUGCCCCGACAAUGGAAGAGCCAUCAAAUUUUUCACUGACGCCCUGCCCAUGACAGAAACCUCUGCAUCUGUGGAACUCAUGUCCAACUUGAUUAAAGCCGGUGAUGUUAAAGGUGUCUUAGCUAAAGCAUGGUUAGCUUCUCUUGCUCUGAUCCAAACUCCAACCAGUGAGAUGAUUACAAGCAUUACACCUUUACUGGAUGAUAACUAUUACAAUGAUGCUGUGAUGCCCAUUACUGCCCUUGUGAACAACUACUGUAAGAAAGUCCCAACCUGCGGAGAUGACUACAACAUGGGUGCCAUUACACAAAAAAUCAACGAGAAACUACCCAGAAAUUGUGCAGUCAAGGAAAGAGAUCUUAGUUUGGUCAUGAAAACACUGAGAGCUGCUGGCAACCUCGGCAAGACAGGUGAUGUCAAUCUGGCUACCUGUCUAAAAGCAAAAUCUGCCCCUGUUGAAGUCAGGUCAGCAGCUGCUGAGGCCUUUAGAAAUUUCCCCUGUGACAGCAAAGCAAAUGAUGAUCUUUGGGCUAUCCUGAAUGACCAAAGCGAAGUCUCUGAAGUGAGAAUCUUCUCAUACCUCUCUGUGAUGCGAUGCCCCACUAAAGACAACUUGGACAAGAUCGCCCAGCUCUUGCAGAAUGAAAACGAUGACCAGGUUGGGUCCUACAUUUCUAGUCACCUCACCAACUUGAAGCAGACCUCCGACCCCCACAAACAGGAAGUAGCUGCAGCUAUCAGCAAGCUCUCCUUCAAAUCAUUUGACCUGAGUGCACUUAAAUACUCUAAAAACUUUGAGGGAUCAUUCCUCAUCAACAAGUUGAACCUUGGUCUGGUCGCUGGCGCUGAUGUCAUCCUGAGCUCCGAGUCUCCUAUUCCCCGUUAUGCUAAAGCCAACCUGACAGUUGAGUUGUUUGGAAACUCCAUCAACAUCUUUGAGGCUGGUGGACGAGUUGAGGGUCUGGAAGCUUUGAUUGAAAAGGUUCUGGGAUCUACAGGAUAUUUCCCCAAUAAUAACAAGGCCACAGGAAAGCUGAAUGACGUGAAAGGAUUCGCCUAUGCUCGUAUGUUUGGCAAUGAACUUUUCUUUGAACAUGCCAAAGGAGCUGAGAGCCUGUUUAAAUCUGGAAAAACACCCAACUUUUUGGAUAUUUUGAUCAAGCUGGCCAACAGACAGGAAGUAGCCUACACCCACAGCCAAAAGUUGAUGGAUGUCUCCCUUGUUAUUCCAACUAUUGCAGGUUUACCACUGAAUAUUGUGGUGAAUGGUUCCAUUAACUUUGACCUCAAAGCCGAAGGCAAAGCAGAUCUUCGACAAGUGUCAACCUCCCCACGCUCACUCUUGAUUGAAGGAGAGUUUAAGCCAAGCGCUGCAUUGGAAAUCACAGGAACAAUGUCUGUUGAUGCUUUUGUCGCCAAACUUGGUCUUAGAAUGCGCAACACCAUGCACUCCAGCACUGGCAUCAAGGGACGCAUAGAAAUCAACAGAGGCCGUGAACUUAGUGUUGAGAUUGACCCACCUAGAGACAACAUGGAAAUUUUCAAUGCCAAAUCCCAGUUUUUCAUUGUCCACAACGAAAUUGAAAAGGAGCAGGAGAUGAUCAAAACAAACCGCAAAGUUUACAAAUACUGCACAGGUAAAAAAAUGGCCACCAUUCUUGGUGUUGAAUUCUGUGGAGAAAUCCAGUUCCCUAAUGCCUCUGCUAUUAGUGAUGCACCAUAUUUCCCUCUGACUGGACCAAGCAGCAUCAGCAUUGUUUCCUACAGAAGAGACACACACACCAUCUAUAAACUCUUUGCCAAGAGAGUUGAGAACCAGAAAAACAGCAUUGCACAGUUUUUGAUGAACACCCCUGGAUCAACCAUUGACAGAAUGAUCUCAGCAGAUCUCACCAUUGGCUACUCCCCACUCCAGCUUGACGUUAAUGUUGUUUCUCCCUGGAAGAAAAUCAACCUCAACAGUGGUGUAGUUAUGAAUAAAGAUCUGUACAGUCUAGUGGGCAGUGUCAUGCUUGAUGAUGCAAACAAAUACGGCGUGGCCUCUGAAGUAAAAAUCAACAAACGUGGAAACAGCAGGGUGUUCACUCCCUUGAUUGAGCUGACCAACAAAGGAAAAACCCAAACUCUCCUCUCUGGUGAGGUUGAAAUUGACCAGAUCAAGAAAGUCCAUGUUGACCUGACAAUGAGUGGAUACAUGGUCCCUUACAACUUCAAGGCUGAUCUGAUGAACCUUGAGAAUGAGAAGAGAUUGACUUCCAGUUUCAGCAGUGGUGAAAAAGAAAACUACUUUGUCAACAUUGGCACCAUCAUUAAUGGCAAAAAGGGUAGCAGCAUUCAAGUUACCCCUGAAGUGACAGUCAAAGUUUCAGACAAGACCGUGGUUUCAUUCACUGGAGCUGGGGAGUACAGGCCAGACAAAGUCAUCAGUGGCAGCGUUUCUCUCGUUGCUCUUAAAUACAAACCAACCAACGUGACUUUCAAAUACACAACAUCUAAGAAAGACAAAUAUAUUUUUGACGGCAAAGUUACCUCUCCUUUUAUAACUGGUGGGAUCAACAUGGUCAACAGCAUUCAGCGCAAGAACCUGCUGACUUCCACAAUCAAAGCCAAUUACAACAUUCCUAAAGUUGGCAAGGACAGCAUUACAUUGGUCUCUAAAUUCAACGACAAGAAUCCCAGAUUUAUUGUGACCAGUGAUCUGAGCAUGGCACAAAACAAAGACUACAACACCAACGUGAAAGUUGAAUUUGGCCACAAAAACAAGUACAGUGAUGCCUCAGUUGAAGUUAAAUAUGGCAGUGACCCCAACGACAGCAAGAAGAAGCUGACCCUCACCUACAACUUCGCCAAGAAAGCUCUGAGUCUCAGAGAUACAGAUAUUGACUUCUCCAUUGGAGCUCAGUUGCCAGAAAAGAACUGGGACACCUCUCUGCAAGUAUCACAUAGCCACAGCCCAAUCAACGUUGAUUCCAGCUUAUCACUGAAACUAACACCUGUCCUCAAGAAACCAAUCAUUGUUAAAAUCAAGGGGGAGAAGCCAAAACAGAAACUGAUGAGCUACACAGGAGAGGCAACUCUUAAUGCAGAAGGCAGGAAGUACGCAGUGACAACAGGCUUUGUACAAAACACAGACAAACAGUACCAGCACACCCUUGAGUACUCUGACAAUGGCAAGCCCAAGCACACCAUGAAGACAGUUUACACUUUACAGUCCAACAACCACGACCUGCGCUCUGACAUUAAUCUGGAUGGCUUCAAACUUAUUCAGAUCCAAUGCAAUGGUUCCCUGGACAUCCGCUCACAGAAUUUCAGGACAGCUUUUGAUGCCAGAUACGGUGAUGAUGUGUACGGCGCCAUGGUGCAGUCCAAGUACGCUCCUCAGGUGAUGAGAAAAGUUAACCUUGAGCUGACCUACCCUACUAGACAAAUCAAGGCCGAGGCUGAGGGCAAGUACAAGGACAAAUACGACGGCUCCAUUUCUCUUGACUGGGACGCUGGCAGAAACACUAAGAGCCAGGUUGAGAUCUCCGGCUCAUUCAAGAACACAGAGAGGAAAACUGACCAGUCCAUCAAUGCUAAUGUCAACCUCAAAACACCAUUUUCAGGCUAUGAAGAUUUAGGAGCUAACGUGUUCUUCAGCUCUGAUCCAUCAAAAUACAACGCUGGUGGGAAAUUUAUCAGUUUAGGAAAGCCUAAAUUUACUUCAAACGUAAACAUUGAACGUCCAUUCUCAUUCAACAGCGCCAAAGCCACAGUCACAGUUAGCACAGCAAACAAGAGCUUUAAGGAGUUUGACUUUGAGCUGAACCACAAGUAUGACUCAUCCCUCAUGACUGUCAUCACAGGAAAGAGGAACAACGACCAGGUAGCUAUGACUCUGGUGGGAGAAGACAACAGCGAUGAUUACAACAACGACCUCAGUGCCAAGUUUGAGCUCAAGUCAUCCAUUCAGGCCAUUAAAGAUGUUAAAAUCAAUCUGGCUCACAAAAACAAUGACAACAGCUACGUCACCUCUGCUGCCCUUACCCAUAACAACAACAAAUACGACGCUGGAAUUGAAGUCAACCACAACAGCAAUGAUGGUGAUGUAUCCAAUGAUGGUAACAUCAAGGUAAGCUGGCCAAAGGAUUCUUUUGAAACCACCUGGAAACACGCCACCUCUGGUUAUAAGAAUAUCAGAAGCUCAAUGACCUCAAAGUGGAACAGAGGCAAGACAAUGGUGGUGAGCAUUGAAGGUUCAAACAACGCUGGGCUUGUCAGUGGAAAAGUUGUCCUACAGUCUCCUUUUGAGCAGUACAGGAACAUGGAGCUCAACUUCAACCACAACCUGGGGGGUAAACGAUUCGACAGCAGCGCCUCCUUCAAGAAGAACAAAGUUGAAACAGCCGUGUACAACGUCAAUCUAGAACCAGGCAAUGUUAAGUUUUACAUCAUCACCCCAUUCUAUCAGCAUAAGGUUGACGGACAAGCCACCUAUAAAAUGGGCGGAUUCCUGAAUCCUCUGUCUGUCUCCACUUGGCUGCAGUGGAAGCCAUGGGCUAGAGUUGAUUUUGAUGGCUAUCUGGGACUGGAAUCAUCUGACAACAUUGAGAUGAGAAUCAAACUGACUACACCCUUUGAGGCUCUGGCCAACAUAGCUGUACAGGCAACCCACAAGCUGGAAGAUUCCGAGUACACCACCUACACCCUCAUUGACUAUGAUGUGGACAAGAAGAUUGAGUUUGAAAACAAGCUUAACAUUGAUGAUAUGCAGAUCCGCACCAAAAUGAACACUCCUUGCCCUUACUUCAAGUCACUGAACUAUGGAGCCAUGCUUGAGAUGGAUGACGGCAGUGUGAAAGCAAGCGCCGAUUUUGAAUUGUUGCCAAUGGUUAAAAAGUAUGACACUGUCUUUGCUGUUGAGUAUGGAAACGGUGAACACAGAAGCAAAUUUAACCUCAACACCCCACACACAGCACUGCCAUCUGUUGAGAUCACUUCAUGGAAGAAGAUCCAAGAAGAUGGAAGCACCUCUGUACAGUUCAAAGUGUCCUCACCAACAUAUGGAGUUUACAGCUAUGAUGAAACCUACAAAUUUGACCUGCCUAUGUACAUGGAAGUCACCCUCAAAACACCACAUGCCAAACUUGAAACCGCAGGCAUGAAAUUCUCCUUUAAUUCCCAAAACAAAAAUGUCCAGUCUAAAUGGAGAGCCAACUUGAACAAGCAGGAAAUGACAUCAGAGCUCACGAUGGACUGGAGCAAGAACGUUGAAGUUUCCUUUUCUCUCAACACACCUUUCCAAAACUUGAGGAACAACAUUUUCACCCUGAAACACGACACCAGCAAGAAGGGGUUCAACAGCCGGACAGAAACCCGCAUUGGUAACUUCAGAGCUCAAGGUGAAGCCGCCUUUUCAUCAAGCAGUGACACCGCCACAGGAAACACUCGUCUGACCAUUACAGGCUAUGAUAAAUUUGAAGGCAGCUUUAAACUCCUGGGCAACAUCAACAAUGUUGUUGGAGACGCUAGCGUAAAGCUUGGGGCCAAGGCAGUGAAAGUGUCAUUCACAAACAACAUGAGCCCAAGUACAUACAAGUCCAGCUUUGAACUGAAUACACCUUACACUGAUGACCUCAAGCUCUCCUUUGGACACGAGACCAAGUCAACCUACCCUGAAAGAAGCUGCGAAACCAAAUUUGAAGGUAGCUACGGUGAUGACAACGUUGUUGGAAAGUUGUCAGUCAACUAUGCCGGCAUGAAGAAAGGGGAGGUGGAGUUCACUCUCACAACCACAGCCGAGAACUUCAAGUCAACCAUCAUUAACCUCAGCCACGACUGCAGGUCUGACAAAGUUUCAGCCAAAGCCGAGAUUAAAUCUUCCGUGGAGAAGAUUGGAAACAUUGAGUUGAAUCUCAGCAAGAAGGGAUUCCUCAGCAACAUGGUAGCCAUGGCUAAACUGGCUAGGAACAAGGAAUCUUUAAUCGACACCCAGGUGGAAACCAGCAGCCCCUCUGAUGAAAUCCAUGGGAAAGUUGCCGCGAAAGGAAAAUGGAUGCCAGGCUUCACUGCACAGGUUGACCACAAGGGAGGCUACUCCAACUACAACACCAAAACCAAGCUCUCCACAUCCAAUGGAAACGUCAUUGAAAGUGAGGUGAACAUUAAGGCAGAGGACGAUGUUAUUGAUUACAGCGCUACAGUCAGCUACACACUGGACAGUGAGAGCCACACCCACACACUCACCAUCCACAAGGAAGGAGAAGCCAAGAACAUGAAACUGAGCAUGAGGGCACUCUCUGAUGGAGAAGAGGUCAAGGGCCACUUUGAACUGAUGACAGACUCUAAAUACAGAAGUGUUUUACAAAUUGAAAACUUCUUUAACUACGACCUCGUUGGCUAUGAGAUUGAACAAUCAGGAGACUUGGACAAAUUCGACACCUUUUUCAAAAUUAAUUUCUCCAAGGACAAAGCAAUUGUAGCCAAAACCAUGUUCUACAGAUAUUCCAACCAACGCAUUGAACUCAAAGCUGAACUCACCACCCCAUUCUCUGACUACAGAUCCACCAAAUUUGAAUACAGACACGAGGGCCAAAGCAACAGACUCAGUUGCAGCGUGAACCUAAAUCAAAACGACAAGGUGUACAGCUCUGAUCUGAUCAUCCAAAAAGCCCCCAUCAAGAGCCUGGCUUUCAAUGUCAAAACCCCCGUCAGGGGCUAUGAAGAGAUCAUCAUCUCAGGGGACUACGACAGCAAGCGAAUCAACGCCAGAGCUAAUCUGGGCAACGGUGUGGAGUUUACUCUCACAGGCAUCACUGGCGCCAAGUACCGCCUGACCACAUCCUUCGACAACCUGAAGGAGGUCACCAUUGAUAUGAACGGUGAGCUCCUGGACGGCAGUGUCAACUUUAUUAUCACCUCCAGGUCAAACAAAAUUGAAGGUCAAGGUAUGUUGCAGUACACCAGUCCAAACAGUAUGAAAAUCUUUGCGGCCAUUGACAGCAACAACAGAAACUACCAAAAGUACUCGCUGACUCUGGAGAACUCUGAAGAUGAAUACCAAGGCAAAAAGUCUCACUUUGAAGUGGAAGUCGGUCAGAGCAAACCAAUUGUUUUGGACGGCAGAUAUCUUACAAAGCAAUCCAUCAGAGCAUCCAAACAAGAGCACCAAGCUGAACUGAAAAUGAACUUGCCAUACCAUGUAUUCAAAGAUGUCUCUAUCAACAUUGAUCACAGCUUUGAAAAAGGAAAAGUUUUCUCAAAACUCCUUCUUGACGUCAACAGCAACACCCUGUUUGAUGGAGAUUUCAAAUACACCCUUGGUCAGAAGCACGAGACCGCCCUCAACAUCCGCAAACCUGUCCCAAUGGAGCACACUGUCACCAUACUCCACAAUGCUAAAACCAGUGAGCUGGAAAUCUACUUGAACUGGGACAAGAAUGACCCAACACAGAAAAUCAACAUUUUAACCUCCAUGAAGAACAACCCCAACUCCUAUGCUACUGACAGACAGCUCAGCUUUAGUGUAGUACAUCCAUCUCGCUCCGUAGGAGUGGAACAGUCUCUCUUCAACUCUGCCAACAAACUUAAGAGCUCUGGCAAAGUCUACUGGAGUAACGAUGACAGCGCCAAGGUUUCCUACACCGCUAACAUUGACAGUGACGAUGAGUCCUACAAGGGACAGUUCAAGCUUGGCCUCCCAACUAGAACUCUGGGUCUGACAGGAUCUCUCAGCAGCAAUAAAAUGCUGGUGAAAGCUGACGGCUCCUUUAGCUGGGAUGUUGACAGAGAUGAAAGCAAACAGAUUGGCGUAGCUGCUUCUAUUUCAGGAAAAGACUUUACCAAGACUGAUAUCACUGUACAGUUACCUGCUGAUCUGAAAGUGAACAGUGCAUUGAUCCUGAACCAAGGCAACACAAUCUUUGACAGCAAAACUGCCAUCUCCUAUAAAAAUGACAAGAGCAAGACCCUGACUCUGUUCUCUACCCUGAAAAACAGACCAACCCCCACUGGGCGUUUCUUUAGAGCAGAGAGCCAAAACAGCUUCAAUUACAGCAUUGAGCUUGGGGUUCAACACAUUGAAUCUAAAGUAGACGUAAAGAUUGACGGUCACCUUGCUAGCUCUGAUGAACUUUUGACCUCAUCCAUGGGAGUUGCUUAUCUUACAAGCAGAAGACAGCUGAAAAACACUGUCCUGUUUGCUGAAAUCAACAAGCUCAAGAAACAGAUUAACUUGAUUAGCUCCAACCCAUACAACAGUUUUGGUGUCAGUGGUAAAAUCUUGAACGAUGAGCCUUUAAAUCUGGAGGUUUCUGGGUCCUUCAAUGGCCAGGAGAGAGUCAAAUCUACACUUGACACAUCUGACAGGAGCAUGAAGAUUGUCAUUGGCCAACCAGAAAACUUGAUCAGCUUCACAGCUGAAUAUGUCAACGCCACAGCAGUCCAAGUAGCCAUUGACCAGAUGAACGAUAAUGACGACAAGCCAGAAGCCACAUUGACCAUGAACUUGGCCUCCCCACAGUCCCUGUACACCACCAUGUACUGGGCACCUGAACUGGUGUCAGAGGUUAGGAGCACACUGGCCCAGCAGACAAGGGAGAUAAGCAAAGCAGUCACUGACUUUAUUAGGCAGGUCAACAUGGACAUCAGAACAGAGGUUUCCCUCAAGUAUAGAGAAAUUGCCAACAGAGCAAUAGCUGUUGAUCUGAAAGAGAUUAUGGACUCAGCUGAAGAAACUUUUGACAACUUUGCCAACGAGAUCGAACCAGUGAUGAAUGCUUACAAGUUCAGGAAAACAUUCUAUGAAUCAAAGACCUCUGGAAAGAAAGUGUUUGAGGUUAUUCAAAACAUGAUCAAUCAGGUGAAACAGUACCCAUUAGCUAGUGAAUACAACAGAGCAGUAACAGUGGGUCUUGAAAGCACUCUCCGCUCUGUGGAGAAGCUUGUCUCAUAUCUAGCUGAUAGCUUUGAAAAUGCAGACCUAGAAUCUUUAAAUCCUGAAAAACAAAUAGCCUAUCUUCAGAACACUCUGCAGUACUACAGGUCCAGAAUUGAUAACUUCAGGAAACAAUUUAAGGAGUUCACUUAUGACAACUUUGAAGAACUACCUUAUAUUGCAAUCUCUACUGAUGAUAUGAACACCAUCCAAAACUAUCUGGCUAAUGUUAAAGAGACAGUCGAUAACAAUGUACCUGAUAUGUUCCAAAGCUACUAUGAUUCCUACAACCUCAAAGAAAAUGCAAGGAAGGAGGUUAAACGUUUAUUCACCCUAGCCAAAGACAUCAUUGAAGAUGAGAUGUUGGAGUAUUUGGACAAUUUGAAAUCAGCUAUGGCUAACCCAGUGGUUACAUUUGAUCCCAAGAAUGGCCGUGUUGAGUUGAAUAUUCCCCUGUACAGAGUUCCCUCUUCAGCCUCAAACGUCAGUUCAAAUCUUUACAACAACUUAGUAGCAAGCUACACAGACAAUCUGGAAACAAUUAAAAAGUAUUACCCAUGGAAUAAUGAAGAAAGUAAUGACGUAGAUGACUUAAAAGUUAUUCUCGCAGACUUUGAACCCAUUUCCGACUUAUAACUCAGGAACAUAAACUUUGAUUUUGCCUCCGAUCUAGGAUGAUCUCAAGAAAAUUGCUGUACUAAGAAACUGAAAUUCAAACUAGAACAGUUCUGUAAAAAAAUUAAGUUUUUAAAAAGAGAAACGUUUUUUAUUAGUCUACUAUUUUUAAAAAAAUAUUAUGUUGUGCUAACACCUAACACAAGAGCAAUUUCAUAUGUACCUUUUAUUUUUACUUUUUGAAACCUUGUUUUUUUUUCCUCAAAAUUUUUAUUUCCGAAAACUGAAACAACAUGUGUAAAUUGUGUUUCUUACUAUCAUGUCAGAUUUUUUAAGUUAAUAAAUAUUAUAUUAAUGCAUA